AUGACACGUGGAAGAUGUCAACAUCUUGCACGGCCAUCGAAAUUGGCUAAAGUAAAUCUUCUUCGCUUCUUUGGUCAUAUGUUAAAGAGACCGGCAGAUCGCCUUGUUCAACGAGUUCUGUGGAGUUUGUCGGGUUCGAGCUGGAAGAAGACAGCUGGCCGAAAACGGAAGUUCUGGACUGAGGUGAUGGAAGAGGACCCGAGGACACUCGUCGUGGAUAGGCAGUUCAGGCGAGACGUAAGGUUUCGCAGAAUAUGGAAUAGCGACGAAUGGAUUGAUUCUGUGCAAGCUCUCGCAGAAGAUCAAGAAGGUUCGGCAGAGCUGUGUUCAAGGACGGCACACCUCGGCGAAGAUGCGGGAAAAAAGCGUCAGGCGAUGACAUCUGCCAAGGAGCGAUGGGCGCUCAAUAACCACCAAACAGCCGCCCGCGCAGCUGUGAACUCUGCAGGCAGCAUUUCCACGGCUCUCACGUUUUCACGUGUUUGUCAUCCCUUUGACGGUGCUGGAAAGCGGUGA